AUGUCAGUUCAUUGUUUAAUCAGUGAACAGAAACUUGACUACAUUCGUGAAGUUGUAAAUCAGAGAGAUCCAAAGGAGGAUUAUAAGCUCAUUCGUAGCAUAGGAGUUGGGACAUAUGGAGAGGCCCUUCGAUUAAAUACGAAGGACUAUGCGGCUGUCAAAAUAAUCAAAGUGGAUGCAAAGGAUGAUAUUAAGGCGGUUCUUCAGGAAAUACAAACUCUUAGGGACUGCCGACACCGUAAUAUUGUCGAAUUCUACGAUAGUUAUUUUCGACAUAACAAACUAUGGAUAUGCAUGGAGUUUUGCGGUGGUUAUUCGAUGCAAGAUAUUUAUACAAAUACACGUAAACCAGUGGAUGAAGAUUGCAUUGCUUUCCUCUCUCGAGAAACUCUUAGAGGUAUUGCGUACAUGCAUAGCCAAGGGAAGAUUCAUCGAGACAUUAAAGGAGCAAACAUUUUGUUGUGCAAUGAUGGAGCGGUCAAAAUUGCGGAUUUCGGUGUAGCCGCUCAAAUCACUCAUACGAUACAGCGCCGCAAUUCUCUAAUUGGGACUCCAUACUGGAUGGCUCCGGAGGUUGUUGCUGUCGAGCGCAAAGGCGGUUAUGACGAAAAAUGUGACAUUUGGGCGGUCGGAAUCACUGCCAUCGAGUAUGCAGAGUUACAGCCUCCAAUGUUUGAUCUCAAUCCUUUGAAAGCGCUUCGGAUACUCAGCAUGAAGAAUUAUAAACCGCCUACAUUAAGGAAUAAGUCCAAGUGGUCCAACAAAUUUCAUGGAUUUUUAAAGUUUGCUUUGACCAAAAACGAAAAGAAACGCCCGACUGCUUCUUUAACGCUGACGCACGAAUUCGUGACCCAACCGCAGCUGUCACAGGCGCUGACCCUCCGACUUCUCCAGCAGAACCGCAAUCCCGAACCCAUCACUUUUAAUCAGCCUCGGGAGGCAGCGGAAGCAUCAGCUGCAGCACCACCGGUUGCCUCGCCGGGUGUUCAACCACACCAGGUCAACCAGGUAGCCGCAUGCCUGCAGUCCCCGAGGUCUCCCUCCGGCCUCGCGGUCAAGCGGCCCACACCUGCUAAUGCUCUCGCCACCAACGGCUCCGCUGCCAAGGACUCAGCCACUCCAAAGGUCUCUCACGUGCUUCCUGAGGGCGUGAAUAUUAAGACGCCGGCAACUCGUUUCCCCUUCUCCUCGGCAGCACUGGAGGCUGCGAGCAAGUAUGUGGCGACGCAUCAGGAAGAGAUGGGAGUGGUGCCUGCCUCGAAACCUAAGAUGUCACAGGUGCCGCCACCACUGGCAAUAGCGACCAACGGUGUUCCCGAGCGCAUUCUCCCUACCCCUGCAGGGGGCAGUGUCUAUCCGCGCUUCCCGGUGCGGGGCAAACGCCUGGAGGACGUGCGCAUCAUGGACGAGCUGGCGACUCCUUUGCCCGCCUACGCGGCCAAUGCACCUACUGCGAGUCCUGCUCCCAAGCCGCCUCUACCCUCCUCCUUCUCCCCAACUGUUUCCGCUACUUCCUUCUCUUCCGCUUCCACCUCGCCCUGCAGCACUCUCUCUUCCUCCACCUCCUCUUCUGGCUCCCGUAGCUCCGGCUCCUCUAGUGCUGCCUGUGAGGAUACGGAGGAGGAUGACGAUGAAGACGAGGUCUCUUUUGGAGGCGAAACCUCCGCGUUGUUGGAGAAAGAUCGGCCGUCACCUCAUGGUCCCAUCAAAGUCACUAACUCCAUACCUAAUUUGGACGCGACUCCACAACCCGUUCGUUCUAACUCGACUGGGGGAGGGGACAGAAUUAGCGAAUUCGGCUUUCGAAUGCGCGGAAAUCCCCUGGAGGAGGAAGAAGAGGAGGAUGACGAAGAACUGGACUUUGAUUAUGUCGAUCCAGAGGCCGGGUUCAUCUCGCAUCCGGGUGCGCGGCCGGCUGCGGAGGGUAGUGGCGCUGGCAUUGGCGUAACGCAACACGAGUCGCGCACCUUCGGGGAGAACGACGAUCAGCGACCUCGACGGGGCAAGUCCGAUACCAAAGUGGUGCAGCGCCAGCAUCGCAGAUCCCCGCGACGUCAGGUAUCUGAGUCCACUGAGCUAAGUGCUCUCGCCACCGGUAUGAAAGAGUCUGAAAAACUCCCCGCGCAAAACGACUUCUUCCCCGAAAAGACUGGCGCCGAAUUGGCGGAUAUGUUAAGACAACUCAAAUUCGCACAGAAGUUUGCUUGGCUCGCCGGUGAGCCGUCGGCUGCCCCAUUGGGUCUCUCCUCGUUCAAUCCGGGUUCGGUGCCGACACUACACCACGCUACGAGCUCACCAGACACGGCGCACCAUUUUCUGGGUCGCUCAGGUGGCAGCGGUCUACUGUUACCGCCGAUGAACUCCUCCGACACGGAAGGGUCCGUGCUCCAGCCGCCCUCACCUCAGCCGCGUCCGAAGACCUCUGCACCAGCGAUGUCCUCGGGUAGCCCUUCUCUUUCUGCCCGUCCCGCACCCUUCACGCUCUCCCCGCCCGUUGCCUCUUCACCAUUUGCAUUCUCCAGCGGCAUACGAUCUGUUGUCGAUCUUGCGGAGACGAGUAUUGCGGAAACAGGCACAUUAAUUACUUCUGCUACUGCCGAUGGUAACACCAAUGAUGAGCAACAACACUUGAAGCCCAUCAGACCAACCGCCCCGACUUCUAGCGAGAUAAUUUCGCAAUCGCAUUUACCUGGGCAUCAACCAACAAAUGUGCCCUCCGAGACGUUGACAGUCUCCGCUACUUCGCGGCCUCCCUCACCGCCUAGCCAACCCUUGGAUGACCAACAUCGGUGCCCCUCAUCCACUGCUGACAGUGCAUCUUCCUCAUUUCCUAAAACGCCUCUCCCUCCGUCUGCCGACCCUGUAUCAAAGUUAUUCAUUCAGCAUCAAGCCUUUACAUCCCCAUGCUUCUCUAUUCAUUCUUUCUUGCACCACGACGUUCCAUCGACAUCAUACAGCUUGGGCAGUCGUCAUAGGCAGAACGGAGUGGAACAGGCGAGUGCACAGACGCGUAUCUUAACAAGUAAGAAUGGUGGUCUGAGACGAGUAGUAGAGGAAGAGGAGGGUAACGUUAGGAUUCCCUCCGGGGCUGCUCCGCUUGCUGACCAGGAGACUGAAGAUGAUGAUUUCAGAACGAAAGAGGAGGAGGUUAAGGUGAAGGAGAAACAUGAGCACGAACAAGAGCAGGCGCACAUCCAGGAAGCUGAGAUUGAGACAAGGGAGGUGGAGUUGCCACCGCUUCGUAGCACCACGCACCCUUGUCGCACUCGCACCUUCCCCAACUUGUACUGCGCCUUUUCACGUACCGUCGCCCCUUCCCCCUCCACUUGCCCCAAUCUCCUCCAUAUCUUUUGCAAUGCUCAGCCGCAAUGGCGUCGUCACCCGAGGAAGACGACCUCUGCUCCUUCCCUCACGGAGGAGAAUGCGGUUAGUGUCGAGGACACCAGCCUCAUUCUGGUGGAAUCUCUUAAGGCGGUUGCCACCGAACCCGUGAUUAAGAAAGUCCCAUCGGUCCUGGCAGACAAGCAUCGAAUUUGUCCUCCGGCCUACCUUUCCCCACAACCUUCGGGAAUGCUUAGGCGUCUGAGGCAGAGUCCUAUUGACAACAACAAGGUCAGGCCUACCUCGGUUUCGAUCUCCUCCAUGGAUCAUGCUCUUCAGAAACUUUCUCGACCGGGGGGUGGUAUCUGCAGUAGCUACGCUGCUCCACGGUGGACACGUCAAUCUACAACGGACUUGCCGCCCACACCUCAAGUUCACAUGGGAGCAUGUUUUAUGCUGGUUUUUGAAGGAUGCCCUUUGACCAUCAACUCGACGGCAAGUUGGAUUAAUCCAGCUAACAAUGGGCAAAUCUUGCUUUUUGGCAGCGCGGAAGGCAUUUAUUUUCUUAGUCUUAAGGAUCUCGCCGACCGGUCAUUGGAAUUGCUCUCCUCGCGCUAUUGCCACUGGCUGGCAGUGGUGCAGAAUACCAUGGUCUCAGUUUCGGGCAAUCCACCGCACCUCUACACCCACAACCUCACCACCCUUAUGAAAAUGAAGGCAUCUGGGCACUCCAUGAAUGCAAAGCUUAACCGGAUCUCCAAUCUCUUCCCCAAACGUUUCUCACCCUCAAAUAAAGUGUCGAAAACGAAGGGGUGUCUGCGAGCCAGUUUGGUACGAAGCCCUUUCACCGGUGCCCGAUACCUUUGUGCUGCAUUCCCCCAUGAAAUUCUCGUGAUGGAGUGGGUCAACACACUUUCAACGUUUAUUGAAACCAAACGGGUACCAGUUUCUAACAUGCCUCAAUCGCUGCCAACUUUCGAUUUGCUGGUGCAGCAAGGCUUGAGAUUUCCUUUAGCUUGCUUGGGUGUCUAUCGGCAUCACUCGCGCCGGGGAUUGGCAGGAGAGCGCUACCGGCUGCACCUCGUCGAUCUGAACGUGCCUACCUCUCCCACAAUCCCCCUUCCCUUGGAACCCGUCCCCACACUCUCCCACGCCCUGUCCCCUCCAGCAGCAACCCCCAUGGAGCCCAAGAAACUCACCAAAACGCACUCUGAGGCCGCAGGCCCCCCUGCUGCACCCGCCUUUGAUGCUGUCACCGCCUCCCCCUUUGGCAAGACCGCUGGCGACAUUGGCCACAGCAAUAAUUCCGUCUUUCUGGAGACAGAUCGACUAACUGUGGUGAGUGUGAUUCAACUUCUGAAGAAUACCGUCCUCGUCUGCUUCCCAGACUGCGCGAAAUUGAUUGGCUUCAGUGGUCGGCUGCGAAAGAAGCUGCGUCAGCCAAAUACCAUUACAUUUGAUGGUCUUCAAAUUCAAUCAGUGGUUGGUCUGCGCGACAGCCUCCUAGUCUUUCAUCCACACGGCUUCCUCGGGAAAAGCUUUGCUGGCGAGCUCACCCAGGAAAUAAACGAUGACAAACAUGUUUACCGCGUCUUAGGACAUGACCGAAAUAUAGUCGUUGAGAGUCGUCCGGUCGAUGGCUCCUUGAACAACUCCAACAUCUAUCUUCUUGCCGGCCAUACCGACAACUCUUCUACCAAAACAGCUUCCUCCUCCCUCCGCGGUCUUAGGGUCGCCACCUUGAAGGUACGCGAAUUCACCACCGGACCGCAGUUUUCCGCCUUUACUUUCCACAUCCCGAACACGUAUCUUCCCGUAUGGAAUAAACUGCGGCAAAAUAAGGUGGAGUUCGACGUGCGACCAUCGAUUAACGAAUAG